AUGCCCCACACCUCGCGCAAAAAACACCCUCACCCCAACAACACCUUACAAGCGCAAAAACGACUCCAAAUCACCGACGCCACUACCGGCUGGACGCAUGUCACCACCAGCGGCAAAGCGCGCCGCUGUGCGCGCACCACCAAAGACCAACAAUCACACCCACAAUCCCAAUCCCAAUCACCAACAACAAAAGAAGAUAAAGAAUCAUUAUUCCACCCCGCCGAAGCCCCACCCACCACCACCCUCGACUCCCUCAAAUCGCAAUUCACUCUGAUCCAACGCACAUGGAAAGAUUCAUCGACGUGCGAUGUGGUAGGGAGGACGCUUCACAAUAUCCUCCUUGCUCAAUUACAAUCACGAGAGUCGAAUACGGAUACACAACAAUCGCAUACUACAACAGAGAAGAAUAAGCAUAAUGGAAUAGGAACAGGGAUUGAUUCCAUCAUCUGCAUCGGUCUCGGCAGUCCGAGCGGAUUUCUUCGUGGAGGAUGGGUCGAUCGGCGAUUAGUUUCGCUGUAUCAGUUGGCGGCGUUGGUGGAUGUUGUUGCCUCUAUCUCUUCCUCAUCUUCUGCUGAUUCAACGAUCAAAACCUACGCUCAAGACCCUGUCUUCAAUACCCUCGAUACAUCUCUUCUUUCCUCCCUCGACAUCAUCGUCCUCGAAUCCCCCCUCGCCUUCGGAAAAGUAACUCCGCGUACAUUCCUCUUCUGUCCUGGUGCGGAGCGCACACAUCUUGAGCAGUUAUUGGCGCUGGAUCCGGCGUUUGUGUUUGGGGGACCGUUGGAAGAUGUCGAGUCGGAGGUGGUGGGUGCGUUUGUGAAGAGGAGAGGGUCCGUCAGGUUGCCGCUAUUUGAGGCGCAGGAACAUGCGUUUUGGAACAUGCGGGUUUAUUAUCCGUUGGAGAAGGAGGGGGAGGAGUAG